GGUAAACAGCUAAAUCUGACAAUUUUAUUACUGAUUAAUUAAAUUCAUAACAAACAUGGGUUUAAUUAUAUCCAAACUUAUGGACAGUUUUUUGGGCAAACAAAAUGUGCGCAUUGUUAUGCUGGGCCUAGAUGGUGCUGGUAAAACUACCAUUUUAUUUAAACUAAAACUGGGUGAAGUAAUCUCAACUAUACCCACCAUUGGAUUUAAUGUCGAGACUGUGGAAUACAAAAAUAUCUCCUUUACUGUUUGGGAUAUUGGUGGCCAAAAAACCAUACGAACUCUGUGGUAUCAUUAUUUCCCCAAUACUGCGGCUGUGAUUUUUGUAGUGGACUCAUCUGAUGUGACACGCAUUGAAACUGCUAAGGAGGAACUUCAUGAAAUUCUGCAGCAUGACGAUUUAAGAAAUGCCGUACUGGUGGUUAUGGCAAAUAAACAAGACAUGCCUAAUGCUUUAAAUGUCAGCGAAUUGGCCAAACAAUUGGAAUUGCAUAGUUUAAAACAAAUGUGGCAUAUUCAGGGCACUUCUGCUACUAGAGGAGAGGGUAUUUAUGAAGGACUGGAUCAAUUACGGGAAAUGUUGCGGAGCAAUAAAAGCAAUUAAUUUGUAGAAUGUAAGGAGAGUAUAAAAAAACUAUUUUGUAUUAUUUACUUAUUUUAGAUUUAAGCAACAACAAAUUUACUCGAAACUCAGUUGGAAAUAAAAUGUUCAAUUACUUAAA